AUUCCCGUAGCGGCGUAGCCUACCGUCGAGGCGGCAGCCGGCGGCGAUUACUCGCCCAGAGACCCCGUGCCAGUUCCCCCUCCUCUCCCAUAGCCUGGUCUUCCACUUUCCCCCCUCCAACCCUCGAUCCCCUCCUCUCCUACCGCUCUUCGUUUUCUCGCGCGUAGUGUGCGCCGCCCCCGAUGGGCCGGUUCGGCUGGGUCCGGCUCGCAUCGAGGUCCCUCACGCUCCGCUCCGGCGAGGUGUCUGCGCGGAGGAACAUAUGGGUUCGGCCGUCUGCACCUUGCAGCUCUAGUGGCACAUCUAUCGCUGAUAGAUGCUAUGGUCGAUCCAUCUUGACAUCAUCUGUAUUGAGCAGGUUUUUUCAUUCUACAGGUCAAUGUUAUUCGAUGGAGAAGGACUACUACAAAAUUCUUGGUGUUCGUAAAGAUGCCUCACAGGAUGACAUAAAGAAAGCUUUUCAUUCUCUUGCAAAGAAGCACCAUCCAGACACAAAUAGGGGAAAUGCUGCUGCAAAAAGGACGUUUCAGGAAGUAAGAGACGCAUAUGAGACUUUACGGGAUCCUUCAAAGAGACAGCAGUAUGAUCUGCUAUUUUCUAGAGGCUCAGACGAAAGUUCCACAAGGGAUAGGGGGGAGUUUGAUGGAUCCUAUCAAGAUCCAUUUUCAGGAUUCAACAAACAGAACCAUGACCCUUUUGCAGAGUUCUACAGACAAAAUGAUGGUCCUUUCUCUAGUCAAUUUUACAAAAUAUUCUCUGAGGUUUUCGAGCAUGAUUUAGAUGCCCAUGCCACUGAUAUUGAGGUAGACUUGGAUCUAUCUUUUGCUGAAGCUGCUAGAGGAUGCACGAAGAAAGUUCCCUUCAGUGCAAAAAAUCUUUGCUACUCAUGUGAUGGGAGAGGGUACUUGGUAAAUGCAAGAAAAUAUGUUUGUCCUUCAUGUAAAGGUGUAGGAAAAGUUAGUAUGUAUCCAUUCACAUCCAUUUGUACUUCUUGCAGAGGCUUUGGGAAAGUAAUUAAGGAUUACUGCCUGACAUGCAAAGGUUCAGGGGUGAUAGAUGGUAUGAAAUAUGCAAAUGUGACCAUUCCAGCAGGAGUUGAUUCUGGUGAUACAAUUCAUGUACGGGAGGCUGGAAAUAGUGGUGGACAUGGGGCCUUACCUGGAAGUCUAUAUAUUAAGCUUCGAGUAGCAAGUGAUCCAGUGUUUGUUCGAGAUGGUGCUGAUGUCCAUGUGGACAAAAAGAUAAGCUUCACACAGGCAAUGCUCGGUGGAAAAGUUGAAGUGCCCACUUUAGAUGGUAAAACAGAAAUUAAGAUACCCAAAGGAGUUCAGCCAGGGCAAGUUGUAGUUUUAAGGGGAAAGGAUUGCCAAACCUGUCAGGAUAUUUCGGGGACCAACAUGUCCGAUUCAGAAUACAUUUUCCCUCGAAGGUUAACGAACAUCAGCGUGCACUGUUGGAAGAAUUUGCAGUAGAGGAAGCCAUAAAAGAACAAAGUUCUUUUGCAGCGGGAAACUGGAUUUACGAGCAGCUAUCUACUGGUUAAUACUUACAGGUUGGAGCUAAUUGUUGAAAGUAUGAAGAGCCAAACUUUCAUGCUCGGGCUUGGCUGCGUCAUAUUGAUUUUUCUGAUGCUGAGGCACUGAGCAAGGGGUCUUCAAAGCUGCAUAUUAUCUAAGGUUGUGCCGUGAUAUCAAACAGUAAAAGCUGUGCCGUCACAUCAGAAACUGAACAGGGCGUUAAUAUCUGGUCAAGAUUCUUUUUGGCCACGAGAAUUCGCAAUUUUGGGGCCACGAGAAGAAGGUUGCUGGUUCUUACGGAAUAGAGAAAGUCAUGCAAAAUAAUUUGUGAGCUCUUUUUUGUGUGUUGGGGGGAUAAUUUAUGAGUUCUAGUCAAACCACAAAAGUUAUCCGGAGUUUGUUUUUGACGUUUCAGUAAUGUGUUAGAUUACUCGUGGAUCAUUCCCUACCAGUACACGUGAGAAUGGCUACAUGGAGCCAGUAGUGAUCUUUUCCAUUUUUUAUGCACACCUUUGAUCAGUUUUUCUGAGUAAAUAGUAUCAUAAUUUAUUAGAAAUACUGUAUUUUGGAAGGAUUUGAAUGACAUCUUUUUUUUCCUUCCGGGAAAUAGCUAA